AUGUUUCAACCCAAGAGGUUCCGAUCGCAGCAACAAUUAUUGAAGAGCACCACUGGUUGGCUGAUCAAUGGCAGCAAGACUUUAUCAUCACCUUGGAAAUUAUGUACAGACAUGUUGAAUCAUACAAGUAGUAAGAGAUAUAUUUCAAAUCAAACGACCUCUCAAUUGAUUCGUCAUUUCAAAAAGCAUCACCAACAUCGAGGAUUUAUUGUUUUUAAUCAGAAUGUUGAUCAACAAAAAUCAGAGCCGUACAAGUUGAGCCAUCCGUGUAUGGAACCGGUAUUGGAGUGCAUUACAACAAAACACCAAACUGCUGGUGAUUCUAAUGUCGGAAUGAUGGUUCAAGAUCGAGCGGAAAUAGUUGGAAAUAUGGAAGCCUUGUUUUUGGAGGUUUCUCCCGUAACUCAGAGUUUAUUGGGAUGUUUCAUUCAUAAUACAAAACGCGGAUUGGCUUUAGGAAGUGUUGAUUUAUGGCAUUAUCCUCACGCCUCUGAGUUUGUGAAUGCAGGACUGGAUCAAAGUGCCCACGCUGCACGGAGAAUGGCCUUGACGAACCAGUAUUGGGGAGGAGCAAAGGCAAUAAUUCAAACUAAUACAGAUUUCACAUUGAAUUACUCAAAUCCAGAGGUUAGAAGAACGAUCAUGAAUGAACUAGGAAGUUUUGUUUCAUCGCUUAGAGGAGUGGUGUAUGUGGAUGCAGGUUUUGGAGUUAACUCUCACGAUAUGGCUCAUGUUUUUGAAAGAACUCGUUUUACCACCUAUACACCAAAAUUAUCGAUGAAUGGAAAUUUGGCAGCCCAAAGCCAUGCUCAGACCACCAUUACAGCAUUGGAGGGCGCAAUGAGCCUGAGAGCAGGAUCAAGGGAUUUGAGUGACCUUGUGAUGGCUCUACAAGGUAUCAAACACAAUUAUGAAACUUGUAAAUUACUGUUGCAAAAGAAGGUACGAAAAAUCAUCCUGACAGAUACAGAUCCAAUCGUGAUUAAACAUGCCAAGACUGUGUUUAGUAGGGAAAUUAUGGAUGGAAUCAUAGAGGUGCGUCUUGUUUUCGAGGACCAGGAUUCAAUUCUUCAUUUGGAAAAUGUAGAUAUUUUGGUGCCUUCCUCUGACACUAAAUUGGAUGCUCAAAACAUUUCCGAUAUUAAGGCCUCAGUCAUUUGUGGAGUUUCCUUGAGUCAAUUUGAAUCGAUGGAUCAUGAAAGAACACUGAGAAAGGAUCAAGACGUUAUUAUUAUUCCCUCUCUUGUAAUCGAAAGCUCUUCUUCUAUUAUUAAGGGCAACGAGGUGUUUGGUUUCAUUCCUGAAAUUGAGGGUGAUCCUGAAAUCUCAAAAUAUUUUUCACCAGACUAUGAGUUUUCAAUUUCCAACUUGGUACGAAGGAUUAUUACUCUCUCGAAAGAGAAAAAUGUGUCAACUGAGCAAUGUGCCAUUGAGAUUGCUGAUGAAAUUAUGAAACAACCACAUCCAUUCAUUCCUACAAGAGGAUCUCAGAUUAUUCAAUCUUUGGUUAAGGAUGAGUGGAAUAAUGCAGAUUUUUAG